AUGGAAAUCAAAGAGGAGUAAAAAGUACCACUGAAUGAAAAGACCGAUAGUAGGAUUCUCUUCAAACAAGAUAUUUCCUCGUAAAACCUUAAUAGUUAGCUAGAUUCAAACGGUAAUCCAAUCAAGCCUCGCUUCGAAUCGGUUUUUGAUACUCUCCGGAUUUUUGAAAAUUAAAAUGAAAAAAAAUAGCCCACUUUCAAAUGGACCAAAAAGAUAGUUCAGAAGUCUAAACUGAAACUUAAACUGAGCGCCUAAUGCCCAUAAUGUGUUUUAUAGCUCAGCUAAAAGGCAGGCUUUGGAUCCUUUGAAGAUAUAAACUUAAUUUCCUCACCAAAUAACUAUCCCAAAAACUCUCAAACUAGAGGUGGAUGGCUUCAUAUUCUUAAAAUACCUGAGAGUAAUCUAGUUUUAGGAGAUGAUUCAUCUUAGACAAUCGUUCUUAAUACUUAGAUAUUGAUGACAGGAAAAAAGCAUUAUUUUAUAUACCUGAAAGGUAAAAUCUAUAGAUUCGAUAAUGAAAAUUCGGAGAACUCUACCAAAGUUUUAAACAUCAAAAAUUGCAAUAUGGAUAUGAUUACCAUCUAAAGGCCAGAUUAAACAGUUGCAUAAUCAGUAUCCUGCAACUUGGAGUAAGGAAUAUAGGUUCGCAGUUUAAAUAAAUCCUACUUAUUGUUGUCUGCAACUAAAGGAGAUAACUUUUCCAAGCGAAAGGAUAUUUAAGACUGGUUUGACUUUCUUAAAAAAUAUGGGAUUUUAUUAAAUAUGAAAAGCUACUAUGAAAUAGGAUAGUUAUUGGGGAAAGGGAAUUUCGCUAAAGUUUACGAGGCUACAAAUUUUAAGACUAAGGAGAAAUUUGCCCUUAAAACCAUUGAGAAAAAGAUGAUAUCCAAAAAUAGAAGAAACUUUGUCUAUGAAUCAGAAAAUAAUAUUCAUUUGAUCCUUGAGUAUCUUAAUGGGGGAGAGCUAUUUGAGAGGAUUAAGAAAAACGGAUCUUAUAACGAAAAAGAUGCCUCAGUUAUAAUGAGAUGUAUCCUAGAUGCCUUAGUUGCAAUGCAUGAAAAGCAAAUUGUGCAUAGAGAUCUAAAACCUGAAAAUCUGCUAUUCAAACUAACAGGAAAAUUUGUAUUCUCUGGAAAGAAUUACAGAGAAAUAUUGCUAAAAAAUAAAGAGUGCUUAGUACCUUUCCCUCCUCAAUACUGGACUAAUCUUACUUCAGAAGCCAAAGAUCUUGUCAAAAAAAUGCUUGAGAAAGAUGCAAAUAAUAGACUGACUGCUGCUAAGGCACUUGAGCAUCCAUGGUUUAAAUUAAAUGGUAUAAAUCUAUAAAACUUGUAAUUAAACUUCCAAGAGGUAGAUGAAUUAGUCCUAACAGAUGACGUUAACCUGUAACUUAUUACUACUUCUCCUAUUUGGAACAAGACUAGGAUGAGAGAUGAGAUUAGGAAAGUUAAUGCUGAGCAAGAUAAAAUGAAUACAUUUCAGACUCCAUUGCCUUAACCUAAAUUUUUUGGGUCAAAAAAAUUAUAUGAAAAUGCUGGUAAAUAAAAGGUCAUAGGAGGCGUGGUCUUGUAAAAUUUAUAUAACAAUCAAAACUAUAACACAAGUAAAUAGGAUAAUAAUAUAUAGACUUAAAAGAAGCAAUAUUAAACCCCAAUAAUAAGACCUGAAUCGAGUAAACAGCCAGCCAAAGCUUAGAAUUCAACAUUAAAUAUGCUUUAACAGCUAUUCAGACCAUAAUCUAAAGUGGAGGAGUAAAAAGUAGAACAAGAUAAGGAUGAAGUUGAAUCAGAAAAUAUUAAAGAGGAGUCUAAGUAGGUAGUGCCAAAUUUACUAAAUGUCUCUAAUUAUAGUCAGAAAUCUAUGCUUAACCCAUCUUAUAAUAAUCAACCUACAAAUAAUAGCAAUCUGAACGUAACUUAAAAUGUGAUGAUGAAAUCACAAGAUAUAACUUAAACAUCAACUCCAAAUUAAUAAAACAGUAGUUUUUAACAGCCUGGAAAGAUAGAUCCAUAAAUUGAAAUGAUUUUUAAGAAGUGGCUUGAGCCAAACUGCUUUGCACUAUCACUAAUUAAUGAAGAUUUCCAUGAAGAUGCAAAAAGUUUAAAUUAAUUUUUUGGAUCCCAAGUUAAUUCAAAUGACCCUAAUUUCUAGUAAAUGAGAAAUUAGGCAGUAUUAGCCUUUAGAUAAUAUACUCUUGAGUAGGAAUAAGUUAAAGCUCUGAGAUUCGAUAAUUAAAAGGGUAUUUAACUUAACACUAGUUAGUCCAUGCAUUUUUAACAGAUUCACGAUUUCUUAAUGAAAGAUAUAUUGCCAGAUGAAAAUCAACAAAUUUAAUCUUCAUUGCAUAAUGAUCAACCUCCUUAACCAUAUUAUCCAUUCAAUGCGUUAAAGCAGCCAUUACUUGCUCCGCAAUAAAAUUAAAUAUAUGGCAGACAGUCACCUAAUAUUAACAAAGGAUUGCUUCCAAUAGUAGUAGAAGAAGAAAAUGACGAGCAAAAGAAAAAGAAAAAAUAGUACUUAGAAAAAUUGAGUUAAGUUAAAAAGGAAAAUUAAAAGAAUGAGGAGGAUGAUGAGUCAUUAGGAGAACUUGAGAUUGAGGAAAAUGCAAGCGGGUUGAUAGAUCAGAAUAAAAUAGUUGACUUUAAUGCACAUAGUAACAAUGUAUUAAUGAAAAGUUCAACAUGCAAUGUUAACGAUCAAAGAUUAAGCGGUGCUCUUCAUGGAUUUAGUAAUUUGUAAAAAUCUUCACCUAAUAAAAUCGAUUUAGACUAACAGAAUAUCAAUAAUAUGAGACCUGCUAAUCCAUCUAGUAUAUCUGUAAAUUCCAAUAGCUGCUUUAUGAAUUCAAAAUAAUCAAACUAUUAAAUCAAUAAUAGCGAUUCCUCUGGUAAUAAGUCUUAGAAUCAGUUUGAUUUGUCAGUAUAAAAUAUUAUUCCUCAAAGUCAUCAAUAAUAGUUGUCACAAAAGCAUUUAUAAAUUAAGAAUUAAAGAAAGAGCUAGUUUUGUAACAGCUCUAAUAGUGCACAAGCUGAUGCUACUGAUAAUAUAAAUGAGGAGGCAAAUGUAGAAGGCCACAUCGAUACUGAGGAGCAAGUGAUAAAUAACUUUUUCCACGUUCCAACAACACCUGGCAGCAUAUAUGGUGGAAGUCGAAAUAUAAUGAAGCAUUCAUUAAAUUAUACUCCUUUCAACAAAUACCUUGAGCAGCCAAGACUAAAUAAGCCUCCUAUUCUUAAUAACAAUUCUUUAUUGUAAUAGAGUAACAUCACAGUAAAUAAUAUAAUGCACUAAAGCUCUAAGAGCUCCUAGAAUUAGAAUGGCUCUCGUCCAAGUGAACUCUAAUAAAAUAUCACUUUCAACAAUAGCUAGUAUUUUAAUAAAGAGGUACACACAAAGAGCGAUGUUUCUAAUAAAAAGUUUUAGCAUCUUAAUACUAACUAGCUACUCUAUGAUGAGGAGAUUAAAGAGGAUUAUUCUCCAUUAAACAAGCAAGAGAUUGAUCUAUUCGGUUCCGAUAAUGCAAGAAAUAAAAAGUCAAAGAACAGCUAGUUGCUUGGCCUUAUAAAAUAAGAAAUGAAAGAUUAAUCUUGUAGGUCAGAUGAAUUGAAAUAAGGUGUUAAUUAAACUCCUGAUGGAGAGAUUUCUCUAAACUAUUAGUCAAAUUUUUCAUCAAAUGAGGGGCUGCAAAAAUAGAUAAAUCAAAUAAAUCAAAAUUAAUAAAUAUAAUCUUCCUAAAAGUAAAAAUUGAUUGGCAAUGAUCCCUAAUAUCAACUGUAUUUGCUCCAAAACAGUAUUAAUCCUUAGGAUAGUGUCGUUCAUUAUGAAAAUUUCAGAAGAAGUCUAGCGAAUGCUUCGCAAAACUGUGAUGAUAAGAGCCAAGCUGAGUUUCAUACUGCAUUCCAGAGUCUUGCAGAAAUAUAAAACCUCAAUCACCAUCAUAAUAUUAGUAACCAUAAUAACUCUUCAUGGCAAAAUCAGCAUUCAGCAAAUGAAAAUUUCAAUAAAUCUCUCUCAGAUAUGAAUAAUAAGGGUAGUCAAGGUAUGAUCUAUACGGAGUAAAAUAUCAAUGAAUAGUAAAGGCAGGGAGGAGGAUCUAAUGAAUUUGGUAUCUCCAAUCUCUCUCAAGAGGCGUUAAAACAUUAAAAUAGUUACAAUCUUGGAGAUGGAAAGAAUAAUAGGUUAAACUAAGUCAAUAACGCUCGUAAAAAGCUAAUAAAUAAUAUAUGA